AGCUCGCGGGGCCGGCAGGCAGCUGGGCGGUUGGCGAAGGCGUUGGGAGGAGGCGCCGCGCCCGGUGACCCACGUCCCUCAGCGGCGGAGGCGCAGGUGUAGCAGUGGCGGUUUCGAGGCCCGAGCGGUACCACAGGCAUUUGAAAUAUAGGAUACCUUCAUCUGGUAUCAAGGAUUAAAAUUAUUUGAAAUUGUGCAGUCCCUGCACAGACCAUGGCCAGUUUCUUUCACAUUCAUCCUUAUUUGUAAGAAUUGAAGAAUGGAUUUCUCAUGGGUUUACCAAUUUAUGGCUCUUCUGUGGAAGAAUUUUAUUUUAAAGAGGCGGCGAUUGGUGGCGUUAUUUGUAGAAUUCACCUUGACGUUACUGUUUGCUGGUACGCUUCUGUUAACACGCAAGAUUUUGACUAUAAAGAAGUAUGGGCCUUUCAAUUACUCUCUUCAACCUAUUGAUAAGUUACCUGCAUUUCUUGGAAUGCCCAUGAUUUUUCCUGGUCCAUGGGAACUGGCUUUCGUGCCUUCCAAAAGUGUUGUGGUGAAGAGCAUUGUUGACCACGUGAAGAGGGAUUUACACUAUAAUUUCACAGUUCAAGGCUUUUCUUCAGAACAAGAUUUUGAAGAGUAUGUUAAACAAGAGAAUAACUCUAAAAAAGUGUUGGUUGCUAUUGUUUUUGACCAUGAAUUCCAAAAUAGUGAUGAUCCCCUACCACUUAAGGUAAAAUAUUAUCUGCGUUUUAGUAGUUUUCAGAGGAACAAGUAUAUGGGUUUUGUCCAAACAGAAGGCUGGGAAACAGGUGUUCUCUUUCCAACUUUUCCUUCUUUGGGACCCAGAAGUGAACGUAGUUCCCAUGGGGGGAGUCCUGGGUACAUCACUGAAGGGUUCCUGGCUAUGCAACAUGCCGUGGAUAUUGCCAUCAUGAAAUACUAUAAUCACAAGGCUACACAAAAGCUAUUCCGAGAAGUCACUGUAUUUGUUCAGAGAUUUCCAUAUCCAGCAUAUUCUCAUGAUUACUUCUAUACCUUUUUUGGUAUUUUCAUCCCUUUAGUAAUCUUAUUUAUCUUCUCUAUGAAUCAUCUUACCCUCAUUCAGGCUAUUGUGUGGGAAAAGGAAAACCGACUGAAGGUAACUUUCCUUUUCUUGUGGUAGAUAGAAUUUCUGUAGAAAAAGUUGGGUUUGUAGCAUAAAUUUUUGUGGAGGGUUGGAUUAUUUCUGACCACUCAGCACUGGUGGAUGGUUAUGUUUUGGUAGCAGCCAAAAGUGAACACUUCUCUUCGCAGUUUUCUAGAAUUUUUUUUUAUUGGAAUUAUUGGAUUGGUCUUUAGUUUUAGUUUCAGAAGAUAAUUACAGAUAGAAUUUAAAUGCCAAAUGCUCUAAAUCUCUCUGGAAUAAGGUGAGUUACAAAGAAAUUAUCAACUGUGCUGUGGAAUUGUCUUGAUGAAUUUGGAUACAAUUAAAUGUCAAGAUUCUA